CUCUGCGCCUGCUCGCCAACUCGUUGGCCUGGCGCACCCACCCACUCCUUCCUUUCCAUCUCCUCCGCAGCAGCCCCCGCGAGCCGCGACUGCGCAUGCGAACUGACGCCCCCACCGGCUCGGCGUGGGAGGAGGGGAUGGAAAUAAGGCUGGGCCCAGCAGCUCGCGCGCGCUCCCUCCUUUUCCCUUCCGUCGCUGGGCGCGCGCCGGGUGGUGCAGCUCCCCAGCAUCCGAAGGCAGGGCUGCAGUGGCCACGGCCGCCGAGGGAGGGGCCCGGAGCCCCGCCCCCAGGGAGGGGCCGUCCGCAGGUCUCCCCUCUCCUCUUCACGUCUCCAGCACCACUCCGGGGUUAAAAGGCAGUGCACGCGGCGUCAAUGGACUGAGACUGAGCCAAGAGCCGGGUCCUCCCUCUAGGUUUCUGGGCCAGCAAGAUGCUGGAGCGAGAGGCGGAGUCUGCGGCCGGGGGCGCCGAGCCUAGUCCCACUGACAAGGAGCCUGUGACCAAAGGAGAAGCUCCCGACCAGGGCCCGCCGCAGAAGCCCAGCCAGUCUGUUCCAGAGCCCGCUGCCUCCACGGGGGCGCCUUCCCGACCCCGCCGGCGACCCCCGCCCCAGCGCCCGCACCGCUGCCCCGACUGCGACAAGGCCUUCUCGUACCCGUCCAAGCUGGCCACACACCGGUUGGCACACGGCGGCGCCCGCCCCCACCCGUGUCCCGACUGCCCCAAAGCCUUCUCCUACCCCUCCAAGCUGGCCGCCCACCGCCUCACGCACAGCGGCGCCCGCCCGCACCCGUGCCCGCACUGCCCAAAGGCCUUCGGCCACCGCUCCAAGCUGGCAGCCCACCUCUGGACCCACGCGCCCACCCGCCCCUACCCAUGCCCCGACUGCCCCAAGUCCUUCUGCUACCCCUCCAAGCUGGCGGCCCACCGCCACACGCACCAUGCCACCGACGCCCGCCCCUAUCCUUGCCCACACUGCCCCAAGGCUUUUUCAUUCCCCUCCAAACUGGCGGCCCAUCGCCUGUGCCACGACCCCCCGACCGCGCCGGGCAGCCAGGCCACGGCGCGGCACCGCUGCUCCAGCUGCAGUCAGGCGUUUGGCCAGAGACGCCUUCUACUCGUUCACCAGCGCAGCCACCAGGCGGAGAGCCCCGGGGAGCGGGAGUGAGCGCUCCUCUUGGCUCUGUGGCUCCUUCUUCUGCCAGCCCCGGUCAAUAAAAAGGUGGC